AUGAUGGACAGCCGCAUCCUUGAGCACCCCCAUGCCCAGUUCGGCGGCAUGGUGGGCUUCCCCUACCCCAUCGGGCACCACCACGUCUACGAGCUCGCCGGCCACCAGCUCCAGUCGGCCGCCGCCGUGCCCUUCUCCAUCGACGGAUUACUCAACGGCUCGUGCGCCGCCUCGGUGGUCAACCCGACCCCGCUGCUCCCCUCGGCCUGCGGCGACAGCCAGCCCUUCAAGCUCGCCGACUCCGGCGACCCAGACAAGGAAAGCCCCGGUUGUAAAAGACGCCGAACCCGGACGAAUUUUACCGGCUGGCAGCUAGAAGAGCUGGAAAAAGCCUUUAACGAGAGUCACUAUCCCGACGUGUUUAUGAGGGAGGCGCUGGCUCUGAGGCUGGACUUGGUCGAAUCCAGAGUGCAGGUUUGGUUCCAAAACCGCCGGGCCAAAUGGCGAAAGAAAGAGAACACCAAGAAAGGGCCCGGGCGGCCAGCGCACAACUCUCACCCCACCACCUGCAGCGGGGAGCCGAUGGACCCAGAGGAGAUCGCGCGCAAGGAGCUGGAGAAGAUGGCCAAGAAGAAGCGCAAGCACGAGAAGAAGCUCCUCAAGAGCCAGGCGCGGAACCUCCACUCGCCCAGCGGCCUCUCGGUCAACAGCAGCACGCAGAGUUCCGACAGCGACGGCGGCGGCGGAGGCCUUCCCCCGGACCCACCCGACGGCUGCAAGGCGCCCCUGGGCGGCUCCGGUAACCCGCCUCACCCCGGCAGCUGCGACCCGACGGCCCCGGCCUUCUAUCCGGCCAACCGGAGCGGUGGCUGCAGCAACAGCUGCGCCGCAAAGGAAGCGUCGCCGUCGGGCUCCGAGUGCGCGGCGCCCCCCUCCUCGGCGGCGCGGGGCUCCGGCUUCCCCAAGCUCAACCCCUUCAGCGUGGAGAGCCUCCUCUCGGACUCUCCGCCCCGGCGGAAAGCGGCGCUGGAGUUCCCGCAGGCCCUGGCGCCCUGCGCCCCGACGGCGCGCACGCUCAUCGGCAAGGGCCACUUCUUGCUCUACCCCAUCACCCAGCCGCUGGGCUUCAUCGUGCCCCAGACGGCGCUCAAAAGCAACCCGGGCCAAGAGCCGCCGCAGCGGGGCUCCCCCUUGCCAGCGGCCAACCCCAGCCCGGACCCCGCGCCCCCCCAAAAACAGCAGCACCGCAGCCAUCUCCUCCGCGCCCGGAGGCCGCUUGGCCGGCUGCGGCGCCCCGGAGGGCAGCUCGGAGCCCGGCGGAGCCUCCGGCUCGAGGAAGGGCGCGUCUUCGCCUCCGGCCAACCCGGCGGCCUCCUCGUCCUCGCCCCCGUCCUAUUGUGA